AUGAGCAACUGGUCUCUUUUAUUAUUCUUUUAUAAGAUGAGUAGUGGCUCCUGUUGCACACCGAGGUUUGUUGAUAUAUAUCUAUCUAUCUAUCUAUCUAUCUAUCUAUCUAUCUAUCUAUCUAUCUUUUUUUCAUUAUCUAUCUAUCUUUUCAUUAUCUUUCUAUCUACCUACCUAUCUGUCCAUCUAUCUAUAUAUCUGUCUCAUUCUGUUCAUAUCUAUCUAUCUGUUUAUCAAUCUAUCUGUGCUUGGUUUUAUCUAUCUAUCUAUAUCUAUCUCAUUUCUAUCUCAUUAUCUAUCUAUCUAUCUAUCUAUCUAUCUAUCUAUCUAUCUAUCUAUCUAUCUCAGUCUCUUUAUUUCUAUGUCUUAAGUAUCUAUCUAUCUAUCUAUCUAUCUAUCUAUCUAUCUAUCUAUCUAUCUAUCUCAUUCUAUUCCCCUUCUCUUCUCAUCUAUCUAAUCUAUCUAUCUCUAUUCUAUCUAUCUAUCUAUCUAUUCUUUAUUUUAUCAAUCUCAUUAAGUAUUUCUAUCUUCUUCUAUCUCUAUCUAUCUAUCUAUCUCAUUCUAUUUCCCCCUUCUCUUCAUCUAUCUAUCUAUCUAUCUAUCUAUCUAUCUAUCAUCUAUCUAUCUAUCUCAGUCUUUUAUUUCUUUCUCAUUAAGUCUAUCUAUCUAUCUAUCUAUCUAUCUAUCUAUCUAUCUAUCUAUCUAUCUCAUUCUGUUCCCCCUCUCUUCUCAUCUAUCUAUCUAUCUAUCUAUCUAUCUAUCUAUCUAUCUAUCUAUCUAUCUAUCUCAGUCUCUUUAUUUCUAUCAAUCUCAUUAAGUAUCUAUCUAUCUAUCUAUCUAUCUAUCUAUCUAUCUAUCUAUCUAUCUAUCUAUCUCAUUCUGUUCCCCCCUUCUCUUCUCAUCUAUCUAUCUAUCUAUCUAUCUAUCUAUCUAUCUAUCUAUCUAUCUAUCUAUCUAUCUCAUCUCUUUAUUUCUAUCAAUCUCAUUAAGUAUCUAUCUAUCUAUCUAUCUAUCUAUCUCAGUCUCUUUAUUUCUAUCAAUCUCAUUAAGUAUCUAUCUAUCUAUCUAUCUAUCUAUCUAUCUAUCUAUCUAUCUAUCUAUCUCAUUCUGUUUCCCCUUCUCUUCUCAUCUAUCUAUCUAUCUAUCUAUCUAUCUAUCUAUCUAUCUAUCUCAGUCUCUUUAUUUCUAUCAAUCUCAUUAAGUCUAUCUAUCUAUCUAUCUAUCUAUCUAUCUAUUUCAUCUCUAACUCUCACUCUUUUCAUCUAUCAAUCUAUCUAUAUCUAUCUAUCUAUCUCAAUCUUUCGAAUUUUCUAUCUAUCUAUCUAUCUAUCUAUCUAUCUAUCUAUCUAUCUAUCUAUCUAUCUAUCUAUCUAUCUAUCUAUUUCUUUCAACGCACUCGAGCGUCCAUCACCCGAAAAAAAAAAAAAAACCUAA